GAGCGCGCAUAAAAGGGAGCCCGCCGCCCCCGCCCGGCACUCGGCUGCUGUCCCUGAGCAGAUCGACUUCUCUCGUUCGCGCACCUCGCUCGGCUUCCUCUGCAACCAUGUCUGAUAAACCCGAUAUGGCUGAGAUUGAGAAAUUCGAUAAGUCGAAACUGAAGAAGACAGAAACGAAAGAGAAAAAUCCACUGCCUUCAAAAGAAAGUAAGCUCAACCCCCCCUCCCCCCUCCCCGGGCUCCGGAAGACACAGGUGCCCCCUGGGAUGCACCGCUCCAGCCUGCAGCUCAAUGGGCACACCUUCUGCUGA